AUGCCAAGAAGUAAAGGAAAGAUUUUAUAUAUUGAAAAUGAUACUCAAAGGAAAGCCACAUAUAAGAAGAGACAAAAAGUAGCCUUUAAAAAGGCUCAAGAAAUUAGUACUCUGUGCGAGUGUGAAGUAGCUGGCGUCAGAUAUAGUGAGUACCACACAAAACCUAUGGUAUAUCCAAAUUAUGAAGAUGCAGUAGAAACUUUUAGGAAGUUUGAGGCGCUUCCACUAGCUGAUCAAUCAAAAAACAUGAUGACGACAGAAGAGUUUAUCAAGAAAAUUAUAAAAAAGAAGGAGGAUCAAUUAUACAAGCUACAAAAGGAAAAUGAUAUCAAAGAAAAGACAAAUAUGAUGCAUGAAGUGGUAAAUGGAAAAAAGAUUAUUUCCAUUGACAUGAAAACUAAUGAUCUUAAUGAUCUAAUGUAUGUCAUGAAACAAAAUUUGAAAUUUUUUCGCAAACUGAAAAUUAAAGCUGAUGAAGAGGGUUCUGCCUCUCAACCAAUUUCUUCUAGUGGAACCAACUCCGAGGGUCCAACAUCUCCUACUUUAUUGGUCCCUCAAGUGGAUCCACUAAUAACAAUUCCUUCAUCUCCAAUGCUCCAAGAAUUAAUGUAUUCUUCUACACCUCAACAAAUGGACUCUUCAAUGAAUAUCUCCACAAUGCCAAUGAAUAACUAUUCAUCGUCAGAGUCAAUCGAGUGGGAUGAUGAUAGUAUUAUGUCUUUUUUUGAUGAUUCAUAUCUCAACAACAUUAAUGUUCAACAUCCAAAAUAA